AUGACUGAACAUCCACAAGAUCCAGACGCAGCUGAUUUAGCUACAAGACUUGGAGCAAGUCCUUUCUCGUUCUUUACACUGGUGGUGUCGAAGCUUAAGAACGCUAAGGUCGACCGGAAGUUAGACUAUGCCAUUCACCCGUACCCAAAAGGUCUGGAGCAGCCAGAAAACCAGGUCAUCUACUACGAUCCGCUGCUGCGGGAUACUGGCACGGCACUUUUGCCGCUUGGUCUGGCUCCAUUGGCUCCAAGGGGAAAUUGCUCUUACACUGCGUAUACGUUUACCGGAAUGGUGACGAAAGAUCGCUUUGAUGUGGACUUUGAGACUCUUCUCACUAUGGAGGCGGUUGACCCUUAUACCACUGAUCCGACCGAUUGGGGUCUUAUGUGUUACACUGUCACACCCACGCAGUUGCUUCUUAUCACGAAUCAGUCUGUAAUUGGGCUACUGCUCUUGUCGUUUGACGAUGACCAGUUGCCUGGUACUGUGCUCGAGUUCCAGCCCGUCUUUGGAAACCUACAGGAUCCCAUUGCAGACCGCGGUGUGAUCUCCUUCUCGUACCUGAAGACCAUGUGCGUUGUUAAUAGCAGGAAGCUUCUUACGUGGGAGGUUGGCCAUGAGAUUUAUCGCCACUUCAGAUACGUGCUGUUGGUGGAAGGAGGUAGAUUGUUCACGACGUUUGUCUUGGUCACGCCAAAAACAGUGGAGAUAAGAGAGCUCUUGUCUGAGGUUCAGUCCAAACCGAAUAGGUGGACGGGGCCACCCGUCUCGAUUCCUCGCCAGGAACAUAACAACUCUGCUCCAAUCUUCUUCCUCCACGAAAGCGUGGCGGUGGUAGAGGAAGACAACGGUAAUUUCUUGGCUAUCGAUCUUAAGACUAAGAGACUGGAACGUUUCUUUUCCCAGGCCAUUAAAGACAUCAAGUUUGAGUCGUGGGAGCCCAAUGUGAUCUUCUACGAGGACGAGGUGUACCUUUCAUCUGAAAAAGCGACAUAUGUGUUGAAGUAA